AUGUAGUACUAAUGCAAAGGUCAUGUCGCCAACUAACGCCGUGUUAAGGAGAGAGGGGGAGAACCGGAGAAGUUGCUCUCUUUCCUCCUUUCUCUCUCUCCAUUGCCGUUGCAAGCCAGGAAAGCUCUCUAUCUCUCUCUCCUCUCUCGUCCAGCUCCAGCACGGCGCACUAUUUUAGGCCGCCACGGCGCCCACCAUCUUCUCUCACAAACGGGAGGGAGUCGAGGUAUCUUAAGCUCCAAUUCAUUGGCGCGAGAGAGCAGGGGGCCGGGCGCACUGCACCUUGCUUAGAACCCACUUGAUCGCUGCCUCACCUCACCUUGUUCGUCUCUCACCUCACACCAGAGAGAGAGAGAGAGAGAGAGAGAGAGAGAGAGAGAGAGAGAGAGAGAGAGAGUGUCUGUGUCCGUGUGCAGGGCGGCGGGCAACGAGUUCUUGGUACGCACGCUUCCCCAUAUAUACCCCCCGCCCAUACAUAGAGCUAGCCACAAGCAGCCACACCGAUCGCCAUUGCAAGUGUGGCAGCCGUCGUCGAUCACCGACGUUGCCCUUGCCGCGUCUCUUAAUUUGUUGCCGUCGUCCUCGGAGCAGAGAGAGAGAGAGAGCGCGCGGGAGGGGAGAAUGGGACGGCUCUCCUGCGGCGGCGGCGGCGUGCAGCCCAAGCUCCGCAAGGGCCUCUGGUCGCCCGAGGAAGACGAGAAGCUGUACAAUCACAUCAUCCGACACGGCGUCGGCUGCUGGAGCUCUGUACCCAAGCUCGCAGGGCUGCAGCGCUGCGGCAAGAGCUGCCGCCUCCGGUGGAUCAACUACCUCCGCCCCGACCUCAAGCGCGGCAGCUUCUCGCAGCAGGAGGAGGACCUCAUCAUCGCGCUCCACGAGAUCCUGGGCAACAGGUGGUCGCAGAUCGCGUCGCACUUGCCGGGGCGGACGGACAACGAGAUCAAGAACUUCUGGAACAGCUGCCUCAAGAAGAAGCUCCGGCAACGAGGCAUCGACCCGGCCACGCACAAGCCAAUCGCCGCGGGCGCCGCCGCGGAGGCGGGCACGGCGCUGCCGGACGGUCGGGACCACGACCGUAAGCCCGGAGGAGCCGCCGACGGCGACGGCGACGCGGACGGCCUCGCCCAGAGCAAGCAGCUGCAGCCGGCGGCGGCCGUGUUCGACCCGUUCCCGGUGACCGACUUUGGCUUCGACCUGGGCGUGGCGGCAUUGUACUGCGGUCCGUACGACGACGGCAAGGCGUCGCCGGACGCCGGGUUCGUGGCCGACUACAGCAGCGUGCUGGACGUGUCGGAGAACCUGGGCUACGGGGAGAGCUCCAGCAACAGCAGCAACUGGAACUGCGGCGCGGAGAUGAGCAAUGCCGUGCUCGACAGCGAGGUCCUGCACUGGGCCUCCGGCGCCGCCGCCGCCAAGCCGGAGCCCUACACAGAGCUGGAGCAGCAGCAGCAGCACAGCGGAGGGUACAGCGGCGGCGGGGGCCAGGCGGUGGACGACGACGACGACGCGCUGGAGCACAAGUUCUUGCUGCCCUGCGGCGGCCAAGAGCAGAGCCUGGCGCAUUUCGACUUCAACUUGGAAUACUUCUGAAUUCUGAUCUUUUUUUUUUCUUUUUCUUUUUGGCCCUUCAUUCAUCUUUGCCUGCCUUUCCUCCCUGAAUUAUCCACCCAUUCCCCUACGUUUUUACACACAAGAGGAAGAGAAGAACAAGAAUCAUUUGGAAGAUUAGGGAUUGUACGUAUAGUAACCAAUAUGUUAAUUUUGUCUAGUCCAUGAUACACACUCCCCUUUUCUUUUUACCCUUUUUCUGUGUACUCUGCUCCUGCUUGGUCAGAGGAACAGAAGACAUUGGUACAUACGAGAUUAUUGUGUACUACAAUAUACAAAGGUGUUUCUUUUUGUAAAGAAUAAAUAAAUUAUAAACCUGCAGUUAUUUCCCUUGUGAA